GGCCUGUCCAAGCUGUAUGAGCGUACGGAACAAUGGAGUAGCUACGUGCAAACGCUCCAGCAGUUGAUGCACAUGUUCAGCAAAGGGCUGAACGCAGACACCAUCAAGUGCGGAGAAACCUACUCAAAAGUAAUCAUUGCCCUGAAAGAACAUGGGUCUCGUCCUGAAGUAAUUGGAGCAUUGUCACUCCUCCUUCCUUCAUCCCCGUUUUACUCUACACUAUCAGCGAUACCUCCCCCUGACCCCAGCAAUCCAGCAGCGUCACCUUCGUACGCGUUUCCAUGGCCAGACUCACUUGAAUUGUAUGAUUCGUUGAUUGAACUCCUUGAGAAGGAGGAGGAAUCGACGUUCAAGUCAGAAUUCGAUAAACGUCGUACCCGACUUGGCGCGUCGCCCCCAGAGGAGCUCAAGAAAGAAAUCGGACAAGAGAUUUGCGAGUCUUCCACUUAUUUACCGUCAUUGUACAAUGAAGUUUUAAAUCACCCUCAAACGUCGGAUGGCCAUCGACGAGAGACAGAGUCGAAGUUGAUACGGUUCCUUGAGCGAUUGGUCAUAGCUCUUCCAUCAUCCACUGAGGAGAAGGCCCGUUUGCGCUCGGAGCUCGAUGGGCUUGUCCAGGGGGUAGUCAGCAUCGGCAUACCUGAUGAAUACGCUUGGGAAUUAUAUAUGGAAGGAAAUGAUUAUCUGCAGAUAGAGGAUAUAGGAUUACCUCAGCUGCGUCAAUUCAUCUCCCUCUUCCAUAGCUCUAGCUUGGCGCGAGUGAUACGAGCAUAUCUGGUAUACGUUGGUCUAUCCCCCGACGAAGAAAACUCGGAAGGGUAUGAAGAAGAGGACGACCCUUAUGACGUGGUCCUUGUACGUCUUGCCUCCUCUCUUUAUUCAUCAGAUGCCCGCCGGUCUUCUCUUGAUUAUGUCACUGCUUCUGCAGAAUACACAAACACUGUCAAAAUUGCUGAAACAGCCCUUGCCUUGCUCUCAAAGCGAGAAAAAGAAGCGGGUGUGGCCAUGUCACAAUGUCGUCAAUCGUUGGAAGAGUGUCUAUCUUGGGCACUCGUGCACCUUCAUCCUCCUCGUCACCAUCCCCGAGCAAUACAUCUUGUUGAGGCUGCACUGGCUCAGAAUGCUCAAAGGAGCCGCAGCUUAAUUACUAAGGGCUACAUCAUGCAGAACGCUUCUCGUUGGCAAGAAGCAGCAGAUCUGGCAAGCCGCAAAGCCAGAGUCAUCCAGGACAACACGCUGUUAGCAGAAGAAGAAUACUCUUGGUGUGUCAGCCGUCUUGAAGGUAGAAUUGUCGAAGGCCUCGCUGGUUUGCAAAGUGUCAAGGCGACACUUGAGGGGUUGCAUGAAAAAGAUUCGUCUCAUGCCGAAGACAUAGCACGCUGCGUAUGGAGGAUUGGCGAAUGCAAUUGGGCCAACGGCGAUGCUGAAGCUGCCUACGCUUCGUUCAUCGCCUGCCUCAAAUCUGCAACGAACUAUGCACCUGCAUAUACUUCCCUCGGAAUAUAUUACUCUACACCAAAAUCAGAUGGGGCUAUGGAUGCCACGCGUGCUAAUAAGUGCUUCCAAAAAGCUUUCGAACUCGACCCACGAGAGGUGGAUGCCGCGCGACGUCUUGCAGAAGGAUUUGCAAAUGAACAAGAAUGGGACCUAGUUGAAGUGAUAGCGCGACGCACAAUUGAAGGCGAAGGAGGGACAACGGACGCAGGAGGGACAACUGCAGGAGCCAUAGGCCGGUAUGUGCCAAUGAAUACCUGGGCAUGGAAGGCGUUAGGGAUUGUAGAGCUCACUCGCAGAAGAUACUCGCAGGCUGUCCAGGCUUUGCAGGUAGCCCUUCGUGUAGAUGCGAAUGACCAGCUUUCCUGGGUGCGCCUGGGUGAAGCCUACAGUCGAGCCGGCAAACAUGUUGCUGCUCUCAAAGCCCUGUCUCGUGCUCAAGAACUUGACCCUGCCGACUGGGUCUGUACGUUUUUUAUUGGCGAGGUUCAGAGAGAAAUGGGACUUUUCCCUGAAGCAUUGGCAUCGCUUCAGAAGAUUCUGGAUACGCGUCCCGCUGAGUUAGGUGCUUUGAUAGCGUUGGCUCAAACACAGCUGGACCAAUCGAGGCAGGAGCUUGUGAGGGGUUUUUCCCACAGAGCCGAGGAUACUCUCGUCGCUUGCAUACGGACCAGUUUAUCUGCCGUACAGGCAGGGGCUAGCGCUGGCCACCGGGCGGUUUCAUGGAAAAUCGUUGCCGACGCGCUCUUCCUAUUGGCGCAGUCGUCGCCGGUGUCGUUCAUCGAGGUGACUCAAGUCAGAGAUAUACUGAGCAAGGUUACAACCAUAGUGGGCCCAAAUACACAUACAAGCCCUCGGCUCUCCGCCAUUUUCUCAUUAUCAACCCUCCCAGAUGGCGCAGAACUAGCCGGCAGGCAUGCUCUAGAAGUCGCUAUUGCAUCCUAUGAUUAUAGGGUCAUGCUGGGCUCAGCAGAUGAAGCAGCGAUAGGCAGCUCCUUAUACGAUCUGGCAAUCGCUCUGUAUACAUGGACAUACUCACUCCCUACGGAUAAUCGGGACAAUGUAUCAGGGAUGGCUGCUUCCAUCCUUGUGCAGGCACUGCGGAGGAACCCCAUCGAUGCUACUUACUGGAUUGCCUUUGGUAACAUCAACUUCGUCACAAAGCCCAAGAGCUCGCAACAUGCCUAUGUCAAAGCAAUUGAGGUUGAGGGAAAGAAUGUCGUGGCAUGGACAAAUCUCGGCCUUUUAUACCUCUACCACCACGACUUCGAGCUUGCAACCGAGGCAUUGUACCGAGCUCAGGUUUUAGACCCUGACCAUGCCUUAGCAUGGGUUGGACAAGCCUUGUUAGCUACAGCAAAGGGGCACGAGGAAGAUGCCCAGAACCUCUUGGAAUACGCCACGAGCCUCACGGCUAACGAGCCAUCUGCAGAUUUGGAGUUCGCAUACCGCACCUUCCACUUAUUUCCCUUACAGCCAUUAUCUCCCUCGCAGGAUACAAUAUUCCCAGUCUAUUUUGUCCUGGAUCGUUAUAUCAAGCGGAGGCCCUCGGACCCAUCGGCAUUGCAUCUACUCGGCCUCAUAUGCGAACGCAUGGGCGAUUUAGAACGAGCAGCUACAGUACUCAAGGAGUCCAUCUCCCUUCUGGAAGCAGCAUAUGAGGAAUCUGAGGACACAUCAAUCGAACGACAAUUCACUAUUGCGCAUACGAAUUAUGCACGAGUCCGCUUGGCCCUGCAAGAUGUUCAAGGAGCUCUUGAGUCUUCCCAAAACGCCUUGGGUUUGGUCCCAGAAGUUGACGAGAAAAAUACUCGAGUGCUGCGAAUUUCUGCGCGGAUUGGAUGUGGGCUGGCGUAUUUUAGGUUGGGCCAACUUCAAGAAGCAUUAGAUGCUUUCCAGAGCGCCCUUCAAGAUAUAGGAGAAGAUGUUGAAUUGAAAGGACAUGUGACUGUACUGCUCGCGCGUACGAUGUGGGCAAUUGAACCCAGCGCAGACUUUAGAGAGGGCGCAAAAUCGUUGCUGCUCGAGUGCAUUGCAAACGACCCUGAAAACUUACUAGCAAUUAGCACCCUUGCGGGCAUGGGCAUCUUAACCGAUGACGACGGUCUGGUUGAUGCAGCCCUUUCGGAAAUGCUGUCACUUCCUAUCGAGAAGAGACACGAACUAGACCCGGAGCGCAACGUCACCUAUUUGCUCAUUCAGCAUGAAGUAGCACAGGGCAACGGGGAGAGAGCUUUGCAAGUCGCCCAAAAGGCACUGCAUGACGAACCAUCGAACGUGAGGGUCAGAGGCGAACUGGCCUUGCUUUUUAUGCAGCACGAUGCUCGACAAUCGGCACUUUCACUGAUACCUUCGGGAAGCUCUCUGGAGGAAGAUCAGAAGAUUCUGUGGCUUGCCGCAGUGGCUGAAGAGGGGGAAACAACUCUAAGAAUAGCUCAAAAAGCAGUCAUGCUUGGGCCUGGAGGGGUUGAAAAUUGGCGUUCUCUGGCGUACGUGCGUGCAUGUGUAUAA